CAGUAAGCAAACAAGGGAGGAGACAGACGGAACGUGAACGGCGAUGCGCGCUCCCGAUAAUAAACCUCUGACGCCUUCAUCCGGGAACUACUACGAACUCGCUCUCCAACAUGGCGGCGUCAGGUAAGAAGAAGAAUAAGAAGGGGAAAACCCUCACUCUGACUGACUUCUUGGCAGAGGACAGUGGAGGCAGUGGCGUGCCCCCCAGCUACCCGACCAAGUCCACCAGCUGGGCCGAUGAGACUGAUGACCUGGAUGGAGAUGUCUCAACUUCGUGGCACACGGAGGAGGACACUUACCGGGCACCGCCCAUUGACCGCUCCAUCCUGCCUACAGCACCUCGCUCAGCCCGUGAACCCAAUAUCGACAGGUCCAGGUUGCCCCGCAGUCCGCCGUACACGGCCUUCCUGGGAAACCUGCCCUAUGAUGUCACUGAGGACUCGAUCAAAGACUUCUUCCGCGGCUUGGCAAUCAGUGCAGUGCGUCUGCCUCGAGAGCCCAGUAACCCAGAGAGGCUGAAGGGCUUUGGCUAUGCUGAAUUUGAUGAUGUGGAGUCCCUCUUGAGGGCCCUCAGUCUCAACGAGGAGAACUUGGGAAACCGAAGGAUCCGUGUGGAUAUUGCAGACCAGUCUAAUGAUAAAGAGAGAGACAGUGGAUCCAUGGGAGGCCGAGACAGGGGUGGACGGAUGGCUGACAUGGGUCCUGACAAGACAGACAGUGACUGGAGAGCCCGACCAAGUGCAGACAACGAUGAUGGACCUCCCAAGAGAGAUGAUGCCUUUGGAGAGAGAUCACGGGACCGUUACGAGUCAGAUCGUUACAGAGAUGGGGCACGGCGGGACAAUGAUCGUUAUGAAGGAGGGAGAGACCGCUACAGGGAUCGCUAUGACGACAGGGACCGCAGAGACUAUGACAGAGGAGGUUAUGACUCUCGUGGUGGAGGAGGUCGUCGUGCCUUUGGCAGUGGCUUCCGCCGUGAUUAUGAUGACAGUCGGGGUAGUAAUGAUAGAUAUGGCGACAGAGAUCGUUAUGGUGACCGCGAUGACCGGUACGAGAGACGGGAUGAGAGGCGUGAAGAGAGAGCUCCUCAGCAGAGACCCAAGCUGAACCUGAAGCCCCGUAGUGUGCCGAAGGAGGAGGAGGGCAGUGGCAGCAGUGGUAGUUCCCCUGCUGCAGCUCCAAGUUCCAGCAGCAGGGCCUCAUCCAUCUUUGGUGGGGCCAAGCCGGUUGACACAGCAGCCAAGGAGAGGGAGGUAGAGGAGAGGCUGAAGAAAGAGGAAGAGAGACUGCAGAGGCAGCUGGAGGAGGACAAAGGCCGAGGCCCCGACAGAAAAAUGCGAGACAGGGACCCAAGCUGGCGCAAUGAGGAGCCUCCUGCUGAGCGAUCUCGCACAGGAAGUGAGUCUUCACAGCAAGGAAGCUCUUCUGGAAGGGGGUCCCGAUGUCGAGAUGGCGAGCGCUCCGGGGAAAAUGAGGUUUUCAGUGCAAGGGAAGGUGACCCUUCCUCCCCUGGGUCAUCCCCACGCCCCCCUUCUACCAGCUCUUCCAAGGAGCCGCUGAAGGUGAUGCCUGCACCUCCUCCCAAGGAGAACGCCUGGGCCAAGAGAGCAGUCAGCACAGGCUCUAGUGAGGGCGAUGGACGGCCUCCAGUCUCUCCUGUCUCCCCAAGUGGUUCAGCUCCUCCCAAGUUCAGCUCCUCAAGUUCUGCAGAUGAAAGAGGAUCUGGAAAGGAUGAGAACAAGGCUGACGGUGUGCGUCGGGACCGGGGGCCCCCACGGGCAAGAGGGGGGCCUGCAGGGCCUGGAGCAGGGCGGGGUCGAGGAGAGGGGCCCAACAGAGACCGAAGAAAGGAGGCAGACAGAAAGGAUAACAGAAGAGACCGAGACUCCAGACCACCUCCAGAGCCAAAGAAAUACGAAGAAACCCCAACCCCCAAGUUCAGCUCAGCCAGUAAGUACGCCGCUUUGCUAAUGGACGGAGACCAAGGAGAUGAUGCAGAGGACGUCGAAUAGAGAAAGAAUAACCAGACAGGGCCCGAGAGCGCGAGAAGAGGAGAAAACGAUGAAUGCAGAAGAAAAAAAAAAAAUCUCACAUAGCUUAUGAAAAAUCUCCUCACAUGGAAGAGGCUUCUGGGAGGACAUCACUCCCUCCCUCCUUUCCUUCUACAAACCUGUCCUUUACUUUGAAACCUCCCACCCUACCCCCUACCCACCCAUCUUCCCCCUCCCUCCCCUGCCCGACCUUCAGGACUUUUCAGGUUCUAAAGAAUAGUCACAUACUGGACUUGUUUUAAAUGGAAAAAAGGAGUAGCUGACACAUGGAAAAGUGAUGGAUAACAUUGAAUUAAUUGUAAUAAAUAAAUGGAAAAAAGUGGGGAAAAAAAUGAAUUUGUAUAUUUGUGGAUCACAGAUGUGGUGAGGUUGGAGCUCUCUGACAGAAGAACAAUUCAUCACAAAGCCUUUUUAUUCACUACUAAUUUGUUAUCAUAAAAUCAAUCUCUUUGCAAAUUUAUUCAUGAAAAUUAGUUAAGAAAAUCUUGUCUUCCAGUACUAACAGUCAUGAAUGUUGAGACUUGGCUACUAAUUUAAAACCUUUUUUCAAUCAUGUGUUUACCAUUUAACAAAUCACUGAUUGAAUUUUCUCCGGACUGAACUGACUGACCAGAGAGGACUGUGUCAUUCAUAGACUGCAGUAUUGCAGGACGGAUUUGUAUGUGGAGACUGAAAGAAAAGCAGCGGCUACAGGAUCCUCAGUCUGAGAAUCAUUAUUAUUAUCCCCAAUCAUUGUACAGAUGUAUCUCUAUUUCUACACCUUCUGAUGAAAUAAUCACACCCAUUGAAGGCUCAUAAUGGUCUCGUUUAGAUUCUCUGCAGCUGUCUAAAUCAUUCAGUCUUCCUAAAAUGAGGAAUGAAAAUAUUUGGGGAAAGUCUGGAGUCGCCUGUGGUAGGGUGUGACGUUUUCCAUGAGAUUACGUGAACUUGUCUUCCAAUUUGCAAUAAAUUGGGAGUCAUGUACA